GUGCACUAACCUUGUCGGGACGAACCCGGCACUUGGAACGCGCCGCAUGGAGGAAACUAUCUUGUUCACCAAGUACAGAUUAAUCCCUCUGACGAUUGUGAUGGCACUGGUAGUCGCUAUUACCAUCGUUGCCUGCUCGCCGGCCGAGCCACAGACCAUUGAGGUAACCCGCGUCGUUCAGGUGGAAGUGGAAAAGGUUGUCACCGAACAGGUGGAAGUGGAAAAGGAAGUCGAGGUGACUCGGGUCGUCACCGAACAAGUCGAG